AUGCUCGUCGGCCUGUGCUGCUUCCUCGCCGGCCUCGCCGUCCCUACCCUCCUCCCCGCCCUCUGGGCUCGCCUCACCGCCCGCUCGUCCGACGCCGACCUGUACGACGAUGGCGCAGACGCCCUCGUCCUCAACCUCGACGAGCCAAGCACUCGGUGGUUCAACAUGGGCUACUGGCCACCAGGCGAGCGCUCCUUCUCCAGCGCCGCUGCCGAGCUGUGCCGCCAGGUCGCGCGCGCUGCUCGACUCGAACCCGGCCAACGCAUCUGCGAGGUCGGCUACGGCUCGGGCGACUCGACCCUGCUCCUCGAGCGCGAGUUUGCCCCCGCGGCCUACCUCGGCUUGACCUCGCUCGCCUCGCAACACGCUACCGCCGGCGAGAUCCAGCUGCGGCAGGGCGACGCGGCCAAGGACCUCGACGCCGAGCCUGCGGGCAGCUACGACGCCGUGCUUGCCGUCGACUGUGCCUACCACUUCAACACCCGCCUCUCGUUCCUCUCGUCAGCCUCGCGCCUGCUCGCCCCAGGCGGCCACCUCGCCCUCACCGACCUCGUCCUGCCCUCAACCCCGCUCUCCCUCCUCGACCACCUCCUCCUCUCCCUCCUCCUCCUCGUCGCCGGCUGCCCGCGCUCCAACCUCGUCCCGCUCGACACGUACCGCGCACAGCUCGUCGCGGCCGGGUUCGACCCCGACUCGGUCGAGACGCGAGACGUCAGCGACGAGGUGUGGGGUGGGUUUUGCGGGUUCGUGAGGAGGAGAGAGGAGGGGAUGGGGCGCGGGAGGGGCGUGUUGGGCGGCAAGUGGGACGGGUUGAGGAGGUACGCGAGGGUCGUCGAGUGGUACGCCGGCGUGAGGAGCGGGAGGCCCAAGAUGAGGUACUGCCUCGUGUCGGCGCGCAAGGCGUAG